GCACACCUGCUCAAUUCUCCUCAGGGGUGACGUGUGUGUGAGCAGGAUUAGGCCUUAGAUAACAGGAUUAGAAUGUUCCACACACUACAGGGAAUCUUUAAAUAGCCUCUGAGCGUGUCACUGUCUUGGUUCUCUUGUUGUGGUUUGAUAUUUUCAACCAUUUUUCUGUGGUCCACCACACUGGCUGUCAUCCUGAUCUGAAAAAAAGAUUAGUUUUCCCCUACCAGAUAUGGCUGAUGUGCUGAGGAGUCUUAACCUGCUGGAGACACUAAAGGAGUCCAUUGAAAAGAACAACAUUACGGAUAUAAGAGAUGCAAUGGAGGACAUGCUGAUCAGCCGAAUCAACAUUGCGAUCAUUGGAGACAGAAAUGCAGAAAAAGCCACUUUCAUAAAUUCGCUUCGAGGACUGAGCCAAGAAGAUGAAUCCGCAGCCCGUACUCCAUCAUCCGCUGCCCCAGAGGAUCUAGCCGUAUUCCCGAAUCCAAAGCAUCCUGACUUUCGCCUUUGGGAUCUGCCAUCUAUUUCUAGCAACGCUUCUUUUGAGGCAGAGGACUAUGUCGAACGUUUCAAAGUUAUGAGAUACAACUCGAUCAUUAUCACAUUCACAGAGAAACCUAGUGUUAACAGUGUGGCGGUGUGGAGGGAAGUGAGGUCGCUGCAGAAAGAGACAGUUUACUUCAUCUUACUAUCAUCUAUGAAGGACACUGAGAAAACACUGGAGGCGAAGAAGAAGGCAAGCUUAGAAGUCCUCAAGGCAGAAGGAGUUCCUCUGCCCAAGGUGUUUCUGGUACAACCUUCAGCUUUGGAGAAACUUGACUUUCUGAAGUUUUUAGAGGUCAUGCGAGGUGACCUUCCAGAGAUCAGAUCGCAUGCUCUUCUUCUAGCACUUCCUACAUUUUCCAACUCCUUAGUCACUCAGAAGAAAGAUGCCUUUAAGGCACUGGUGUGGGCCGCUGCCUCAUUAUCCGGAGGCGUUUCUGCCAUUCCCGUACCUUUGGUGGGCUCCAUGGUGGACGCUACGGUGGCCGUACGGAUUCUGAACAAGACUCAGAUCUCACUUUGCCUGGACGAUGACUCUCUGCAGCGGCUGGCGAGGCAGCGGGGUCUCGACCCAGCCAGGCUGAAGGCCCUGCGCACCUGUGCUCUCUCUGUGGAGGUCAGCAAGAGCGAAGUUAAAAGACGACUCGCAGAAGCCGAGAAAAACACCAGCACUGCAACAACCAGACUUGUGGAACUAGCCAUGCCGAGACACGCCAGAUCCGUCAGCCGAUCUUUCACCGUUAUGCUGCAGGCACUCAACACUGCUAUUGACGAUAUGGGUUCUGAUGCUGAGAAGGUGGUUGCUAUGGUAACAGGAGAGGGACGGUAGACUGAGCAAUAUCAAUACACAAACACACAUCAUGCUCUGUACAUUCAACUUGGACUGAUACCUAAAUGGGCUAUAGCCCUAGCAUUUAAACUAUACGCAAUAUAUUAAUUUAAAAAUAAUAACACUCUUCAUUUUCAUUAUUUAGUUGAUUAAUAUGCCAUAUAAUAUUAUAUUUCAGUGCAGUUCAUUUUAAUAGUUAACUAUCAUAAAUGCCCAUCAGGGAUGCAAAUUCAUG